AAUGUGAAUGCAAUGAAGAUUACUCACUGGACAGCGUCUGUGAAGACUCUGGCCAGUGCAACUGUAAACCGGGUGUGGGUGGAUUGGCAUGCGAUCGUUGUGCGGAUGGGUUCUUUAAUUUGACGCUGGACGGCUGCGAGCCUUGCGGCUGCGACGUAAACGGCACGAUGGCCGAAGUGUGCGACAAGCAGACGGGAGAGUGCGUCUGCAGGGGAGCUACUGCGGGAGAAAACUGUGACGAGUGCCUCGAAGGUUACUUUGGCCUCGGCGCGUGGUCGGACGCCGGCUGCAUACAGUGCACGUGCAGCGGACACUCGGACAACUGCAGCGACGCGAGCGGCUGGUUCGUGAACGUGACGCGCAGCGACUGGGAGCUGAUGAGCGUGGGCGCGCUCGGUGAGGCGUGGACGGGCGAGGACGAGCAGGGGCGCGACGUACCCGUGCACGACCCGAUCGUUCACCACGGCGGCAAGACGCGGUUCGUGAUGAGGAUCCUGCACACGGACGAGCAGGAGCUGUUCUUCGUCGCAACGAGCGAGUACCUGGGCGACCGGCGCUCCGCGUACGGACAGACUCUCUACCUGGAGCUGAGCCGGGCCGAGCCGGCGGACGACGUAAACCUGCCGCCGCCUUUCUUUUCAAACCUGAACGACGUCGCCAUCGAGGGGCAGGACGGCCAGGCGAUCUCGACGGCCCUGCCGGCGCCACCUGGUUUUCAUGUGACGAACUACACGUUGCGUAUCGCCGAACAAGAGUGGAUGACAGGAAAGAACAAGAAUUCGCCUGAGGCCACGUUCAUUGAUGUCCUCAGUGUCCUUGUGAAUAUUACAGCAAUCAAGGUCCGAGCAAAGUACAGCUCAGUUAACAACUCGCACACGGAUCUGUACUCCGCCGCUCUGCGGUACGCUGUCAACGCGAGAACCGGCCUGCCUAGCGUCAACAACGUAGAAAGCUGCAUUUGCCCCCCUGAGCACGAGGGUCAAUUCUGCGAGCGUUGCGCAUCAGGGUACACGCGGGCCACGCCGACAGCCACCACACCGUACACGCCCUGCGUACCCUGUCUCUGCAAUAACCACUCCAUCGAUCCAUGUCACUCGGAGACAGGUGUUUGCUUGUGCAGUGACAACACUAUGGGGGAUCACUGUGCCUUAUGUGCACGUGGCUACUAUGGCGUUGCUACAGACCAGACACAGAAUGACUGUAGUCCGUGCAUGUGCCCCGGCAACUUUGCCGAAUCGGCACUGAACAGCUUUUCGUUUAGCUGUUCGUUGGUGAAUGGAGAGCCAGUGUGUGAUGCAUGCACGCUGGGACACACGGGGGAUCGCUGCGAGCAAUGUGUCGAAGGAUUUUACGGAACGCCUGAAGACAUAUCGAACCUGGGUGGUCGCUGUGUGGAGUGUCGCUGCAACAGCAGGGCGGAUACGUGUAACUCGACUACGGGCGACUGCGAAGACUGCACGAACAACACUGCUGGCAAGGAAUGCGAUAUCUGCGCACCACACUACUACGGCAAUGCUCUGCUGCUCGACUGCAAAGAGUGCAACUGCACGGACAUAAUAGGGUCGACCGGUGAGUGUGACCACGUGACGGGUCACUGCGAAUGCCUGCCCGACGUCUCUGGUCUGUACUGCGACAGCUGCAAUGCUCUCACGUGGAACUACACGUCAGGUGUCGGCUGCGCGCCCUGCAACUGUGACCCCGUCGGCUCGUUCGGUCGUAGGUGUGACGAGGAAACAGGCCAGUGCACAUGUAAGAGGCAGGUCGCAGGGCGAGAAUGCAACAUUUGUGAAGUUGGAUACUGGGACCUGUCAAUACUCGGAUGUAGACUGUGUAACUGUCACAAGAACGGAACGCUUUCGGAUCCAGAGCAGCUAGAAGGGAUCGUGUUCGGAGCCUGUGAGCUUCACACGGGCCAGUGCACGUGCAGGACGCGAAACGUGAUCGGUCAAAACUGCGACCACUGCGGAAUCACCGACGUCGACCAGUAUGAAUACGUCGACGUCAUCUACCUCGGAACAUUUCCGAUGUGUGAACCAUGUGGGGAAUGCUACGACAACUACGUGGCAACUAUUGAAGAACUGGGAAGGAACAUUACAGAUCAACAUCUGAUUGCUUCCAACCUAUUGCAGUACUUUGGUAGAGUGUCAUCACGUUUCACCUCACUAGUAACUAAAGCUCAUAGGGUCUAUGUC